UUUAUUACUACACUAUGGUGUAACUACACUGUAUACAAAUUCCAUUCCUUUUUUAUUGUUUUCCGUGUGCACUUUAAUUUGUUUUUCUGUGCAGUUGACCCGAUUUAACCUUAUGAAUCGCUUGCAAAAUAGCUUGACACAUCGAUACUGAUGUAAAGGGGAAACACUUUGAUGUGAUGACUCAACUUAAUGUCUUUGUUGAUAUGAAAUUGUAGUUUAAUUCAAGGUCGUUAAGUAAUGGGAACGAUGUAAUGAGGCACGCAUAAUAACGAAGUGUUUUUCAUGAAAUGAAUUUUUACGGUUUCAAACUUUUAUUACUCCGACUUGAUGAAAUGGAAUUCGAAAAAUCUCAGACACUGUGGAACACACUGUACAGCUUGCAUUGGGAUUACUUAGAAACGGAGGAAAACAGUACCGAACUGCUGCUGAAAAAGGACAAACUCAAAUCUUGCAUCCAAAAUUUUCUAUCGAUAACGCCACCGGAUCGAAUAUUCUAUUUACCGCAAACGAAAGAUGUAUUACGAGGUUCCGUGCUGAAGCUGAAACAGUUUGCAGCAUACGAAGCGUCAAUUGCAUUCGAUGCUAUCGCUCAGUACGCAAACAAUUUGCUGACGAAGCCAUGGCGGACUGAAUACAAAAUCAUCAAGACACAUUCUGGUUUCUAUCAACACAAAAUCAAAUCUCAACUGGUCGACGUUGAUGAACUGUUCAUCGCAAUGGGAUAUGUUAAAUCUCAGAACCAAACAUUGCUGUUCGAUGGUCCGAUAUGUCCUGACCAGUUGGCCAAUGUAUCACGAGAUUGUAUGAUUGCAUGCGAAGAAUGUCUGAUUAUGCAUAGAUUGUACUACGGACUACAGGACAAUAAGAUGAAUGUCACCUGGACAGAUGUUUAUAAGUUUAGAGAAUCAUAUCUCGGCGACGAAUAUCAAUCUUCAGCAGGCGUGCAACAAAAGAAAUAUAAGGACAAAAUGAUCACACCAGAUCAUUUCAUCAGUCAAGUUCCUCACCAACGAUGCAACUGCAAUGUUGUCAAUACAAUGCAUAAUCCCCAAUGUACACCAUGCCAGUAUAACAACUACCAACCGAUAGCAAAUAGUGAAUGCAUAAACCAUCAUCCACCCAUAAACCAUGUCAACUGUUUUCAACCGCAUUACGAUCAUAUAUCACAUUUACCCCACUCAAGGUCAAUGGACCAAUACACCGGCCAUGUUCCAAUCAGUCACGGAUUUUUCCGACAUUCUCUUGACCAUUCAAUUGCCAAUGACACCGUCGAUGGCCAUCAGAGAUAUGCAAAACAAUUUGUACCGUACAAUCACAUGUAUCCACCGGCGGCGAUCGCAUCGAAUUUCUACAAUAAUCAUUUGAAUCAUUGUGAUGGAAAUGAAUAUGGAUCAAUAUCUGCAGCGAAUCGUCCGCAAGGUGCAAACCUUACGAGCAGUAGAAUUUCGCCACGAAGCUAUGAUCAACCGGCCAAAUACGACGAUCAUUCGAGCAUGAGCUUCUAUCCACCCAGUCGUAACUGUGAGGAGGAUUUAAUUAAAUUUGAAGACAGUCAAAAAAUGACGGCGAAAAGUGAUCGCACUUAUGGUCACUCAGAUUUAUCAUACGAAUUCAACAAUGCUCAGUACACCGAUCAAUUGAGGAAAGCAGAUAGUCAAUUCAAUCGACCGGUGCAGGGAAUAUCGUACGCAAGUACAUUGAAACAAAAUCAACAUUUCGACAGUAAGCCAAUCGAGCAAAAGAUGCGACAAAUGGAAUUGAGCAAUGGUGGAAUUAAACCACCGAAAGAAUUACGCGACGUGGACAAAAGUUUGGAUCGCAAAGAAUUGCGCACCAACGAGCAGAGGCGAAUUAAAAAUAAUCAAAUUCUAGCUGGCUAUGAAAUUGACGAUCAGGUGUCCAGAGACUCCAGAGCUUCAGACUUCGACAGUACGGACUACGCAUACGACGAGGACAAUGCUAAGGCGAGCCGAAACAAGGAUGGACAGGGUUCAAUGGAAGAAUGGAGCUACGUUUACAAUGGCAUCAAGAAGAAUAGCCAAAAUAAUGGUACCGCUUUCCAAGAUGGUUUCAACGGCCACGACAAAGGCAACGGCACAAAGAGCCUUGUGAAAAAAAGUAAAGAGCCCCAAAGUGACGCGAUUGCAGUGAAGAGUGUGAUGAAAGAAUCCAAGACAAAGGCAAAUCGAAUACGGCCGACGAAUAUCAAUAUUGACGAGCAUGAUUUGCAUAAAAAUGCGGCGAAAAAGCCACAGAAAAAUGGUCGAACUGUGAAUAAAUCGCCAGUGAUUGUAAAUGAGUGGAAUUGUGAACAUUGUACAUUUAUCAAUACCGGAUCGGCGAACAUUUGCUCAAUGUGUUCGAAAAGUAAAAAUUUCCACGAUCGGCCAUCGUCAAAGUCAACAGCUACCCCAGUGUAGGCUAGCGGACUGAUUAUCAAAUACUUAAGUGAUCCCCAUCAACAAUUAGCGAAAAGAUGAUUUGAAUGUUGUUACCUGAUCGGUUAUUUGAACUUUGCAAACCGUUUUUCGUAUUUUAGACUCAAAAUGUCGACCCAGCGGCAGUUUCUUUAUGUUUUGUAUUUUUGAAGAAAUUUUUUACAAUAUGAAUUCAAACUACUGUUCGUUACUCUCUGUUUAUAAUUAGUCUUAGUGUCUGUGACUCAAUUACAAAUCAUUUUCUUCAAACUUAAUUUAGUGUGCACCAGAGGUCCUAUGUAACAAGCAAAAGAAAAUUUCGCUUAUUUAUGUUAUCCGUUCCAGCGAAUAAAUAUGUAUGAACUUAAAUUUUGCAUAAGCUGUCCGGAUUAUCCGGAGAAAUCCUUGAAAUUUAUUUUUUCUGACAAAUUGGCUGUCAAGCUUUUUGUAUUCUUUCAAAAAAUCAAGUGUUUGUGGCUCUAAAAAAUUUGGUUUAUUUUUUAUUGGUUUAUGGCGAACUACAGGCAAACAAUCGUUUUAAAAAUGACUAAACCAGAAUGUGAAUGUGAACAGAGAAAAAAAUCAUUUAAAAUUGUUAAUUAAAAAAAUCAAUAAACUUCCCGCCUUACUGUAGAGUUAUAGACGUAACAAUAAAAUGCAUAAGAAUUUACAAAGCCAAAUACAUUUGGUGAAUUUAAACAGUGACAA